AUAUCAACAUAAUAUUGUAAUGUCUAUUAUUGUUGAAUGAUUUGCAAAUUGUGAUUUUUAGUUUCAGUCGCCAGAAGUCCUCUUCGGAGCGUAGUACGGUUUUUGGCGCAAGACCGAAAACCUCAGAUACUAGUUUCAAGACUUCUAACAACCGAACAGUAUAACCAUGAACCGGCCUAUUUGGACAUUACCUUUAAGCAAGCACACGAUAAAUAAACUAGACAAACUUGGAUAUAAGUGUUGUGAAGAUUUGAUUGAUUCGCUUGACGAUCCUGAAAAGAAAUCAAAACUCUUACGAAAACAUAUGGAAUCAGAAUCUGAAAUUCGUGAUAUGUUAAAAACUCCCAAAUACAAGACUGCUGCAGAAUUAGAUAUUGGACGUGAUAGUAUUGCUACAUUUUGUAAGUCUAUUGACGAACUUUUAAGUGGCGGUGUUCAAGUUGGACAGAUAACAGAAUUGUCUGGAGCUCCAGGCUCGGGUAAAAGUCAGUUAAGCAUGCAACUCUGCGUAUCCGUUCAAAUACCAGUAUGUUUUGAAGGACUACAAGCCGAAGCAAUUUAUGUCGAUACCAAUUCAAAUUUUUCCGAACUCCGGUUAACAGAAAUGAUCGACGCUUUCCUCGGCCAUGUGUCUAAAGUAUUAUCGGAACCCAUUGAUUUCAAAGGAGCAGCCAAUAGCGAGUUGCUAAAGAGUCUGACCACCGCUAGCAUGCUGAGUAAAAUACACAGGGUUCAAAUGAAUGACCUAAACCAGCUGUACGCUUUGUAUACGACUCUCGAACGUCAUCCAAACGUGAAAUUAAUCGUGGUGGACAGUUUCGUCAUGCCGCUGUACCAGGUGGAAAAUUCGCUGAGAAAGAAUACGUUAGUCCACAGCGCUCUCGAUCUAUUGCAAACUAUCGCUUGCGAACACGAUCUGGCUGUGGUACUAACUAACGAUUUGACGACCGCGGUCACCGAAAAUGGCGCAGAUGUUUUUCCGGCGUUAGGUGAAUCAUUUGGUCAUCGCGUUCAAUAUAGACUUCUGCUGAGUAAAAUUCCCAAUCAAUCUAAUGAGUACAUUGCACUGCUGAAGAAAAGUGUCGAACACGGUCGUUCCGCUGCUCGAUUUACUAUUUCAUCGGAUGGAGUGCGUGAUGUGCCUACGGAACAGCCGCUGCAAUAGACAAAGGAAUGAUCGGAAAUAAAAAAUAAAAGUUAUUCCAUAUAUUAUUGUAUACAGUGCAAAA